UCUCUCUCUCUCUCUCUCUCUCUCUCUCUGUCCGUCUGUCUUCGCCUUCUCCUCCAUAUAAAUUUGUUGUUUGGUUCUUUCUCCAUUCUUAAAGCUCACUCCCUUCUCAUCAGUUGUCCAGAAUCAAAUCGUCGGAGGGAUAUCGAUGGAGGAGAAGAUCGGGUUGGGAACGAUAAGCCAUCUGCUGAUGACGAUAUUCCUGCACAACUUCUCGACCUUCAUGGUGAUCCCUGCCAUCACGGACGUCACAAUGUCGGCCCUCUGCCCCGGGAGGGACGAGUGCUCCUUGGCCAUUUACCUCACCGGCUUACAACAAGCGGUGGUCGGGAUGGGAUCCCUAGUGGCGAUGCCAUUGAUAGGAAAUUUGUCCGAUAAGUAUGGGAGGAAAGCUUUGCUCACAGUCCCGUUGAUCUUCACCAUCAUUCCCUUAGCCAUUCUGGCAUAUAGCAGGUCAAGGAACUUCUUCUACCUUUACUAUGGCCUUCGAACCCUCACUGCCAUGGUUUGUGAAGGAAGCGUUCACUGCCUUGCCCUCGCCUAUGUGGCGGACAAUAUUCCUGAGCGAAGAAGGGCUCCAGCGUUCGGGAUACUCUCAGGAGUUGCAUCUGCUGCCUUCGUCUGCGGGAAUCUCUCUACUCGCUUCCUCUCCACUCCAUUGACCUUCCAGGUUUCAGCCACUGUGGCUGUGGCAGCGCUCCUGUACAUGAGAGUCUUCCUUCCAGAUUCGGCUGUAGAUAACGAGCUUUCUGCUCCGAUUGUUGCCAAUGUUGGGAAAUUAGGUGAUGGCGAUUCAACUAGGAGCUCACAGAUUUUUAAGACGGUGCCAUCCUUGGAGGACAUGGUCGCUCUGGUGAAGAGCAGCUUGACAUUUUUGCAAGCAGCAUUGGUUGCGUUCUUCGAGAGUCUCGCCAAUGUUGGUCUUCAUGCUUCAAUGAUGUACUACUUGAAGGCCAAAUUUCACUUCAACAAAGAUCAGUUUGCUGACUUGAUGGUGAUUUCCGGGAUCGCAGGGACCAUUUCUCAGCUAGUACUCAUGCCUACUCUGGUUCCAGUAUUGGGCGAGGCCAGACUUCUCUCGAUAGGGCUCUUUUUUAAUUGUGCCCAUAUGUUCCUUUACAGCAUCGCUUGGACCUCUUGGGUUCCAUACCUUGCAGCCAUGUUCUCCAUCUUGUAUGUCUUCUCGCAUCCAUGUAUGCGCAGCAUUGUUUCUAAGCAAGUUGGCUCCUGCGAGCAGGGCAAGGCUCAAGGGUGCAUUUCGGGCAUAAGUUCAUUUGCGAACUUCAUUUCUCCCUUGAUUUUCUCUCCUUUGACAGCUCUGUUCCUAUCGGAAAGUGCACCAUUUGAUUUUCCCGGUUUCAGUAUAAUGUGCGUCAGCUUUGCUUCAAUGAUAGCAUUUGUUCAGAGCCUGAUGAUAAGAGUGGCUCCUCCUAUUUCGGGUGGUAGAGUCGGAGACUGCCAUUCAAAUGCCUAGAAUCCUCGGUUACGGGUUGCCAGCAGGUGAAAUCACUUCCAAGUUCAAAAUCUUGAAGAUUUUUUGCUUUGGCCUUGGCCUGUAUGAAGCACUCCCUUGUGAUUUGGUCUCCCAUAUACAAGAAAUGAAAACGUAGGGAUAAGGAUAUAAAUCAGCCACCAGUUCAAUACAGCUAUCUGAUAGUUAUGGUUCCAUAUCGCGUCUUGGGGGACUAGAAAGCUCAAAGCUGCAAUGUAUUCUGUAAGGCGUAAGGCAUGCGAUAUGAUAGGCUUUUCAGGGGAUCAGUAUCACCUUCACAUUUGUAUCGUGCUUGUAUACCUGUAAGUCGAGAAGACGACAAUCGUGUCUGGGUUACAAGAUCGUAGAGUAGUAGUCAGUUUUUCGAUAUAUUUAUGUAAUCAAAACCGCAAUUAUUCGGUUGUAGUGUAUUAUAAGAUAUGAAAUUUGUUCUCGAUAAUUUUCUCUCC